AGGGAUUGGCAGAGAGGGAUAGAGGACACUGAGUGGAGGCCAGUGGAGGGAUUGGCAGAGAGGGAUAGAGGACACUGAGUGGAGGCCAAGUGGAGGGAUUGGCAGAGAAGGAUGGAGGACACUGAGUGGAGGCCAGUGGAGGGAUUGGCAGAGAGGGGUGGAGGACACUGAGUGGAGGCAAGUGGAGGGAUUGGCAGAGAGACUGAGUGGAGGCCAUGGAGGACUGGCACUGGAGGACACUGAGUGGAGGCCAGUGGAGGGAUCGGCAGAGAGGGAUGGAGGACACUGAGUGGAGGUCAGUGAGGGAUUGGCAGAGAGGGGUGGAGGACACUGAGUGGAGGCCAGUGGAGGGAUUGGCAGAGAGGGAUGGCAGAUACAGAACAGUUAGUAAGGUGGAGAGAUUGGAUUUGAGGGUGAAAGAACUGAUGGGAGUCGAG